AUGCGCGAAUUCAAAGUGGUCGUGUUGGGCUCGGGUGGGGUCGGAAAAAGUGCUUUGACUGUGCAGUUCGUGUCAGGAUGUUUCAUGGAGAAAUAUGACCCCACAAUAGAAGACUUCUAUAGGAAAGAAAUAGAAGUGGACAAUUCACCAUGUGUUUUAGAAAUAUUGGAUACCGCCGGCACGGAACAAUUCGCUUCAAUGCGAGACCUGUACAUAAAAAACGGACAAGGAUUCGUCGUAGUAUAUUCAUUAACGAAUCAUCAAACGUUUCAAGACAUCAAACCAAUGAAGGAAUUGAUAACACGCGUGAAAGGAUCUGAGCGCGUGCCCAUUCUGUUGGUGGGCAACAAAGCCGACUUGGAGCACCAGCGUGAGGUGUCGAAUGCAGAGGGCUCGGCGCUCGCGCAGAUGUGGGGCUGCCCCUUUGUGGAGGCCUCCGCCAAGAGCCGCACCAACGUUAAUGAGAUGUUUGCCGAAAUUGUGCGUGAAAUGAACGUUAGCCCUGAAAAAGAAAAGAAAACUUAUUGUUGUUGUACAGUGCUUUAA